CGAAUCCAAAAAUGUCUAACACAGCUUUAAGUCGUGGGGAGUACGGACGAUAUCCACGAUUGUCAAGUGACAGGCAUCGCCGCCGGCAUACUCAGCCACAGUCUGAUCGCUUCCAACCUGGCCAGGAUGCCCAACGAUCACAGCCGUAUCGCCAGUGGCUUCCGCGACCCUAUCAACAAUUCCCUCUGCCGUCUCAUCCACCGUCGUUCACGCCAUUCGAAGCGAGAGUCAUACAGAUUUUAGAAGAGCAGAGCAGGAGCCUUCGUGAACUAAGCCUGGAGCUCGUGGAGAGAUUUGAUCAGUUAAAGAGGUUUGAAGAUUUUGGCAGAGACGUUCUCCAGCAACUGUGGUCAUCACAACAAAUCCACCCACAGUCGCAAAUGUCGCCUCCUAACUCGUCUCCGGCGCAGAAUAUCUUCGAAGUUCCUCACGCUCCGGUAUAUAAUUCUGCUGCUCCCGAAUCGUACCCACCGCCUCCCACAGCCGAAUUCGACUUUGAAGGGAACCUGGGGGAUUAUCUCAAUCCUUCCAAUGGUCGUUAGACCAAGGAUAUGUUGGAUCCCAGGGGCUGUUCAUAGGUGCUCGUCAUAACACUAUUUUGGAGCGCAAGGGACAUGCGCAUGUAUAUAAAAAGAAAGGGUGCAGAACCUCGAUGUGCUAUCUUUUCUACACCGAGUCUCGGAGUGGCAUACGUGAUAGCUCGAAAACUUGAUUUGAGCCGUUG